AUGUAUGUCGUGACAAUGUUGAGGCCAGCAUCAGUGUUAAUAUUUGUUCUGUUGUUGACGGACCUUGGAGUUUUUCUCCAAGUGAGAGCUGUACCUUUUUCUGGUAUCGAGGACAACUGCAUUCUCAGCUUCGUUGUGCCAAAGGAGAAGAUGAAGUCAUCGUGUGAAAUUGAUGAGAAGGUCACCAGACGAAUCAACGCCAUGGAAACCAAAGUCAACAUCUACAAGCAGCAGAUGUCCGACCUUCAGACCCAGCUGGACAAACAGAGACAGCUCAACUCGGACAAACUCGCCAAGCUGGAGCAGCAAGAGUUUGAGCAGCUGCAUUCUGAAGUUUCUGCUAGAGUCGGCCAUGGGAAAGCCAAACCGGGAGUCCUUGACGAUUCAACGGUAUCUCUGCUGUUUAACACAGUGGACAGCAACCACGUGGCUUUAUCAGGUGUUGCAAAGUCCAUGAUUCAGUCAGAGGUCAAGGCGCUGUAUGAUAACUUAACCAGAAGACUGGAGUCCUAUGUUCAGGAGCAGGUGCUGUUGAAUAGCAAAGUUCUUCAGAUACUACACAAGGGAACUGAAGUCACCGAGCGCAUUGCAAAAGCCACGAAUUCUGCGGGGGAAUCAAAUAGUGAAACAACUGAUGUUAAACUCAACAAGGAGACCACAGUUCCAGAAAGUAAUGUUAAAGACGUGCAAACAGAAAGUCCUAUUCAAGGAGAGAAACACAUUGACGAGCACACUGAAAACGAGACUGAUUUAGGAUUUGACAAUGACACUAGCCAGGUGUUCAUUAUGAAUGCUACACGUGAUAAUGUUAACGAGUAUAUAGAAAAUGUUACUUUUACGGCGGAUGCUGCUAACAUUACUAGCAACUUUACACAAGAAUUUAAUGGCACAGAUAACGAACAUAUCUACAGUAUAGAUGAGAGGCUAGAUGGAAAUGACACCGCCACAGGUAAUGACUCCACAAUUAUCGCUAUCAGUGAUCUUUUUGGAAACAAUGACUCAUUUGUCGAUGAAACAUCAGGUGUGAACAGUACAUUGGAUGUCAUCCCGGAGACACCAGUAGAUAAUGAAAUAUCAAGAGGUGCAACGUCCAGAAUUAACUCCCAGUCUCAACUAGCAGCGGAAACCACUGACAGUGACAACACCAACAGUGAAAGUGCGGAUCAGGAUAGGACCAACAGUGAAAGUAACAAACAUGACAAUACUGGUAGGGACAAUGACAAACACUGGAGUGAAGACAUGGUUCGCGACCAACAGAAAUCACCAGAAAGUGAAGAGAGGAUGAAAGAUGAGAUUACGGCAUUGUUGCUGCAUCCUUUGACGGAGGUGAUGAGCUUGAUGGAGAAACAAAAGACAAGCCUAGAGGAAAAGAUAAAACUGCAGGAUGAGAAAUGUGAACAAAUGAACAAAGAUGUCAGCACUCACGUGAAAGAGCUGAAUGGAAGCUUUCAAGCAAUAACUUUGAGGAUUGAAUCUCUUUCUAGAGGAUUCCAAGAUUCGUUUUCAAAACUGGACAAAAUCAAAUCUUUAGAGACGCUUCUAAACGAAGUCAAGAAAAACAUCACUUCCCAACCUUUAACAAUGUCGGGGAUAGAAGUGGAGGAACAGAGCAAGAAACUGAAAAAACUGGAGCGAUUUGUUGGUGUCUAUCAGCAGUCUUUGGAACAUUAUAGGAACGAAACAAAACAAGAGUAUCGCGAAAUUAGAGAACUGCUAGAAAAAGACAGCAUUGCAAUGAAGACGCUGGCAAAGACACUACAUAACAACAUCACCUCUACCGUAAGCUUAGAAAUCAACCGACAAAACAAUACAAUUAUGAAUAGAAUUCAAGAAAUCACGGAGCAGUUGCGUCUACAAGAUGAGAGUUUGAUCCUCUUGCAGUUAGAUCUGGGAAACGUGGAGAAAGCUCUGAAUAGCAGAGCCUCGCGAUGGUCAGAUCGCGAUGUGGAGAAAAUGCAGGAAGAACUUAAUCAGCUGGCUAUCAAACAACGGGAUUUCAGGAAGAAACUUGAAAAUCUAGAUCAGAACCAAAGUAAUCUCGCAGUCAAUUUGACAACAACGGCCAAUGAAAUUGCUUCUCUUAAGAUGGAUGUCAAGCUUGGUCUCGAUGAAUGGAUUCCUUACAAAUUUGAAUUUGAUCCUUCCAGAAGUGAAUGUUAUGGAGAUCAGUACGUGAAACGGACUAAGUACCCUAAGGCACGGUAUGUUGGAGUUGUUCUUUGUUCAUCGAAACGCUACAAGAUCUUCUUGUCUACUUCACUUCAUAGUAAAUUCUUGAACAUUGGAGAUGGCAGUGGCAUGGGCGAGGAUCACUGUGAAUUUGUUGGGGGUUCUAACAACAGUCAGGUGACACUCAGCGAGCACAGGCAGACGUUUGAAACGGUCCAAG